CUUAGCGCGCUGGGCUUGUUGUGGCGCCGCCGCUGCCCAGUCAGGGAGCCGGAGUCCUCCUCAGCUUCCCCGCCGAGGGCGGCGCUUGGCGGCGGACUGCUUCCGAGAAGGCCUACUACAGGUGGGCGGCGUGGCGUCCGCCCCUCACGUUGGAGUCCUCGGCACACCCGAACGGAAGGGGACGUUGGUGACUGCCUGCCCGAGGUCGUGCACCCCUGCCUCAGCCCUCGGAAAUGCUGCGGAAUUGCGAAAGGAGAACGGUGGGGUCCGAGGACGGAGCGUGGCACCCGGCUCACCCCAUCCUUUCCGUCGGGACCACACCCAGACCCUCUUCCCUCAGGAGGAGGCCGAAUUAGCCCUUCCGUGCACGCUCGGCGCGUGAAGUCGCCCCCACAGGCCUCAUCUUUCCGACCCUCGCGUCUUCCUGGAAUGGGCUCCUCGGGUGGGCUCCGCCUCAAGAAGGAGAACUCGAUGUCACCCGUGGACUAACCGUGACCCCUUCCUGCCAUCCCCACGAGCGUCCGGACCCGGACCGACCAGCCUGACAGCUGCGGGACGAGACCUUGAGGCGGGGAAGUCCGGCAGAGCUCAGUGAGCAUUUCAACAGAAAACAUCGAGGCUUCCAGUGGUUUCUUAAUCUGCUGAUGAUUUUCCAUUUGGGUUUCUGCUGAUGUCAUGAACCUUCAUUGUUUCCAGAGCAUCCUGAAGUCAUGUGCCAGCCCCGAGGGCAAUGGAUUCCAGGUCCUGAGAAGACUACUCCUAAACUGUGACAGAAACCUGGAAAUCCCACAGGGACAAAGAAAGAAUUCACAACUGUUGGGUACCUACACAGAAACUAGAGUUUGAGUAUGCAUAAGAGAAGAGGAAGAACAAGCCGGAUCAGAAAACGAAAACUCUUCAGAAGUUCUGAAUCAAGAGGAGUGUCCGAGAGCUAUAAGUAUGAAUUUAUAGAGCUAAAGAAGUGGCUGAAAGAUAGGAAGUUUGAAGAUACAAACUUAACGCCUGCUUGUUUUCCAGGCACAGGAAGAGGGCUGAUGAGCAAAACAUCCCUGCAGGAGGGCCAGAUGAUUAUUUCACUGCCUGAGAGCUGCCUGCUUACCACGGACACGGUGAUUCAAAGCUACUUAGGGGCGUACAUUACUAAGUGGAAGCCUCCUCCGUCUCCUCUGCUGGCUCUGUGCACCUUUUUAGUUUCAGAAAAGCAUGCUGGGGACCAGUCUCCCUGGAAGCCAUACCUGGAUAUUUUACCCAAGGCCUACACCUGCCCUGUUUGUUUGGAACCGGAACUGGUGAAUCUUCUUCCCAAACCUUUAAAAGCAAAGGCUGAAGAACAGAGAGUCCGCCUGCAGGAGUUCUUUGCUUCCGCCAGAGACUUUUUCUCUUCCCUGCAGCCUCUGUUUGCAGAGGCUGUUGACAGCAUCUUCAGCUACAGCGCCCUCCUGUGGGCUUGGUGCACUGUCAACACCAGGGCUGUGUACCUGAGGCCCAGGCGGCAGGAAUGCCUUUCUGCAGAGCCGGACACCUGUGCUCUCGCUCCAUACCUGGAUCUGCUAAAUCACAGCUCAAAUGUCCAGGUAAAAGCAGCAUUUAAUGAGGAAACUCGUUGUUAUGAACUUAGAUCUGCUUCAAGUUGGAGAAAACACGAAGAGGUAUUCAUCUGCUAUGGCCACCAUGAUAACCAUCGAUUGCUCCUGGAAUACGGAUUUGUUUCCGUCCAUAAUCCUCAUGCCUGUGUUUAUGUGUCAAGAGAAAUACUUGUUAAAUAUCUUCCAUCAUCAGAUAAACAGAUGAACAAAAAGAUUUCCAUUUUAAAGGAUCAUGGCUUUAUAGAAAAUUUGACAUUUGGAUGGGAUGGACCAUCUUGGAGGUUACUCACAGCUCUUAAGUUGUUGUGUCUGGAAGCCGGAAAGUUUACAUGCUGGAAAAAAGUACUUCUUGGGGAAGUAAUUUCAGAUACAAAUGAGAAGGCAAGUUUGGACAUAGCACAGAAAAUAUGCUGUUAUUUCAUAGAGGAGACUAAUGCUGUGCUUCAAAAGGUUUCUCAUAUGAAGGAUGAAAAAGUAGCUUUGAUAAACCAACUAACUUUGGUGGAAACAUUGUGGAUGGAAGAGCUAAAGAUUCUCAAGGCGUCUGCUGAGGUCCUGCACAGUUUGCAAACAGCUCUUCCCUGACUUCACCUAAGUGCAUUUGAUCACCUCCUAUGAUACCGAACUUUUAGGAGUGUCUUCACAGGCUACAGUGGUGGCUGCCCCAGGGGCGAAGGGACGUGCAGGGGCCCCACAGGUUCCGGGACUGUGGGGCUGUGAGUGAAGAUGGAUGUGCUGUCCGCGAAUGGCACUGUAAUAAUGCUGUGCGGGAUAAACAGCACUCGGAGAGCACUGAGCUGCAAGGGGAAAGGCAGACUUCGAGGGGACCAGGAGCCCGCCGGCCUCCGUGUGUGGCCUGUCACCGCAGGGCCUGCUUCUUAUCUGGCUCAGCAGCUGUCAAAGUCAAGCAGUUGUGCUUUUAAGAUGCUCUGAUACCAUCGGGUGAGGGGGCACGUUGGCGGUGGGUGGCUUCGGGCGGAGAGUGUGGGGGAGUGCCUGGCGGUCCUGGGUCCCAGCCCGGCUGGCCCCCAGCCGUCAGACCUUCCCCACGUAGACACACUAAGGUGGGUGUUGAGGAGCCUUCCAGGGACGCUUGGGGUUCCCAGGAGGAGGGAUUUUCCCCUGGACACGCUCCUUUCCUCGAGCUCGCCCAGGUCAGGGCUUAUCUCAUUAUUCAUUGAAGGCGGAGAGGCUUAGCCACGAGCUCUUUCAGCUUUGGUCCGGACUCUUUCCUGGGCAGGCCUUUCCGCUGGGGCAGCCAGGCCCUGUCCUGCUCAGCUGUGCCUUGGUGGGCAAGUCUGUUCGAUUCUGGGGUUCAGUAUGGAUCAGCUGACCUCAAGCCAUGGUGAUAUUUUGGUUUCUGUCCUUUUUGUUUUAUUUUUUAUUCUUCUCAGACCCAGAGUAGGGAAAAGGGACCACUUUCCACGGCUCUCAGCAGUCUGUGGCCUCAGGGGACCCUCUGGAUAAGAAAUAGAGGAGGGGAGCCCUAGAGGGCCAGCCAGGACUGGCAGAGCUUGGCCUGCUCCGGUCUGUGCCAUCACAGUUGCCCAGAGUCCUGUUUCCCCUCCUGGGGGUUAAUUGCUCCCCAGAACUCAGAUUCCUUUCUCAUUAUGGAGCUCAUCCACCAAGUAGAUGGGGCCCACUCGCCUCCAAAGGCAGUCUGAGUUUAAGUGAAACAUUUUCAUUAUAUUUGGAGCGUCUUUCCCUGUUUGUGGGUAUAGUUUGUGUUGAUUUCAUUUUUUAAUAGCUGUGGUAUAUUUUAUAAUAUGCCAUAUGGGGUUUGGGCAGACUCUUUCUGUGGAGGGCCAACUAGUAAAUAUUUUAAACUUAAUGGACCAUAUGAUAUUUAUCCCAACUAUUUAUGCCAAAAUGGCCAGAGACUACAUGUAAACAAAUUGCACAGCUGAGUUCUAAUAAAACUUUGUUUACAAAGACAAGUGGUGGGCCAUAGUUUACUGACCCCUGUGCUAUUCCAGCAUUUCUUUUUCUUGUCCGCUGUUAGUGGACCUUUGGGAUCCAAAUAUAUUAAUUCCUUUACACUUUUCAAAACAGAGACCUCCAUGAACAUGAAAAUCUUUGCAUACUGCACGUGGUAUUUGUUGUGCUUUGAUUGUCUAGUGAUUAGAGAAAAUACACAGUGACAAAAAGCAACUACUCAGAAACAUUGACAAGUGAGUAAUAUUUCAUCAGCCCCAGCAGAUCCACAUUUAUUUGAAGAACAGUAGUAUAAGACUGUC